CUGGCACUCGGCGUGACGUCAUUUCCGCUCCGGGCCUGCCAGCUGAGAACCGGAGGGACCUCGGACGGUGAGUAACCGGAAGUAACGGCGGCCGGAGAUCCCGGACUCUCAGCGCUAAACACGUUAACCCUUUCAUAGCGGCUGUACUGAGAGCGAGACCUGUGUGUGCUGGCAGGGAAUGGGCCCCCAGGGGCCACUGUGUCUAACAUUCCCCCCCCAGCCUGCCUGAGUGUGAGUGAGCUCAGUGUUUAUAUCUCAUAGUGUGAGUGAGCUCAGUGUUUAUAUCUCAUAGUGUGAGUGAGCUCAGUGUUUAUAUCUCUGAGUGUGAGUGAGCUCAGUGUUAUAUCUCUGAGUGUGAGUGAGCUCAGUGUUUAUAUCUCUGAGUGUGAGUGAGCUCAGUGUUAUAUCUCUGAGUGUGAGUGAGCUCAGUGUUUAUAUCUCUGAGUGUGAGUGAGCUCAUCCAUAUUUAUAUCUUAGUGUGAGUGAGCUCAUCAAUGUUUAUAUCUCAUAGUGUGAGUGAGCUCAGUGUUAUAUCUCAUAGUGUGAGUGAGCUCAGUGUUAUAUCUCAUAGUGUGAGUGAGCUCAGUGUUAUAUCUCAUAGUGUGAGUGAGCUCAGUGUUAUAUCUCAUAGUGUGAGUGUGAGUGAGCUCAGUGUUAUAUCUCAUAGUGUGAGUGUGAGUGAGCUCAGUGUUAUAUCUCAUAGUGUGAGUGUGUGUGAGCUCAAUGUUUAUAUCUCAUAGAGUGAGCUCAUCAAUGUUUAUGUCAUAGUGAGUGUGAGUGAGCUCAGUGUUUAUAUCUCAUAGUGUGACUGAGCUCAGUGUUUAUUUCCCAGUGUGAGUGAGCUCAUCAAUGUUUAUAUCUCAUAGUGUGAGUGAGCUCAUCAAUGUUUAUAUCUCAUAGUGUGAGUGAGCUCAUCAAUGUUUAUAUCUCAUAAUGUGAGUGAGCUCAUCAAUGUUUAUAUCUCAUAAUGUGAGUGAGCUCAUCAAUGUUUAUAUCUCAUAGUGUGAGUGAGCUCAUUAAUGUGUAAAUCUCAUAGUGUGAGUGAGCUCAUCAAUGUUUAUAUCUCAUAGUGUGAGUGAGCUCAUCAAUGUUUAUAUCUCAUAGUGUGAGUGAGCUCAUCAAUGUUUAUAUCUCAUAGUGUGAGUGAGCUCAUCAAUGUUUAUAUCUCAUAGUGUGAGUGAGCUCAUCAAUGUUUAUAUCUCGUAGUGUGAGUGAGCUCAUUAAUGUGUAAAUCUUAUCUAGUGUGACUAUGAGUAGUCUCACUUCCCAUCUAUGAUGAGUAUGAGUGGCUGGCUUCCUGAGAGACAUCUAGUUUUGCUUUCACAUUGGAUUUCCUGAGUGCGUUAUGUACUAUCUAGUGUGAAUACAGUGUAUCUCAUUCGGUAUGAGUGUAGUGACUGCCACUCUGUGUAUCUCAUUCGGUGUGAGUAUGAGUGUAGUGACGGUCCCUCUGUGUAUCUCAUUCAGUGUGAGUAUGAGUGUAGUGACGGUCCCUCUGUGUAUCUCAUUCAGUGUGAGUAUGAGUGUAGUGACGGUCACACUGUGUAUCUCAUUCAGUGUGAGUAUGAGUGUAGUGACGGUCCCUCUGUGUAUCUCAUUCAGUGUGAGUAUGAGUGUAGUGACGGUCACACUGUGUAUCUCAUUCAGUGUGAGUAUGAGUGUAGUGACGGUCACACUGUGUAUCUCAUUCAGUGUGAGUAUGAGUGUAGUGACGGUCACACUGUGUAUCUCAUUCAGUAUGCGUGUAGUGACGGUCACACUGUGUAUCUCAUUCAGUGUGAGUAUGAGUGUAGUGACGGUCACACUGUGUAUCUCAUUCAGUGUGAGUAUGAGUGUAGUGACGGUCACACUGUGUAUCUCAUUCGGUGUGAGUAUGAGUGUAGUGACGGUCACACUGUGUAUCUCAUUCGGUGUGAGUGUAGUGACGGUCACACUGUGUAUCUCACUCGUUGUGAGUAUGAGUGUAGUGACGGUCACACUGUGUAUCUCAUUCGGUGUGAGUGUAGUGACGGUGACACUGUGUAUCUCAUUCGGUGUGAGUAUGAGUGUAGUGACGGUGACACUGUGUAUCUCAUUCGGUGUGAGUAUGAGUGUAGUGACGGUCACACUGUGUAUCUCAUUCGGUGGGAGUGUAGUGACGGGUCACACUCGUGUAUCUCACCUCGCUGUGAAAGUAUGUGAGUGUAGUGACGGUCACACUGUGUAUCUCACUCGUUGUGAGUAUGAGUGUAGUGACGGUCACACUGUGUAUCUCAUUCGGUGUGAGUGUAGUGACGGUCAAACUGUGUUUCUCAUUCGUUGUGAGUAUGAGUGUAGUGACGGUCACACUGUGUUUCUCAUUCGGUGUGAGUAUGAGUGUAGUGACUGUCACACUGUGUAUCUCAUUCGGUGUGAGUAUGAGUGUAGUGACAGUCACACUGUGUAUCUCAUUCGGUGUGAGUAUGAGUGUAGUGACAGUCACACUGUGUAUCUCAUUCGGUGUGAGUAUGAGUGUAGUGACAGUCACACUGUGUAUCUCAUUCGGUGUGAGUAUGAGUGUAGUGACGGUCACACUGUGUAUCUCAUUCGGUGUGAGUGUAGUGACGGUCACACUGUGUAUCUCACUCGUUGUGAGUAUGAGUGUAGUGACGGUCACACUGUGUAUCUCUAUCUCUCGGUGAGUAUGAGUGUAGUGACGGUCACACUGUGUAUCUCAUUCGGUGUGAGUGUAGUGACGGUCAAACUGUGUUUCUCAUUCGUUGUGAGUAUGAGUGUAGUGACGGUCACACUGUGUUUCUCAUUCGGUGUGAGUAUGAGUGUAGUGACAGUCACACUGUGUAUCUCAUUCGGUGUGAGUAUGAGUGUAGUGACAGUCACACUGUGUAUCUCAUUCGGUGUGAGUAUGAGUGUAGUGACAGUCACACUGUGUAUCUCAUUCGGUGUGAGUAUGAGUGUAGUGACAGUCACACUGUGUAUCUCAUUCGGUGUGAGUAUGAGUGUAGUGACAGUCACACUGUGUAUCUCAUUCGGUGUGAGUAUGAGUGUAGUGACAGUCACACUGUGUAUCUCAUUCGGUGUGAGUAUGAGUGUAGUGACAGUCACACUGUGUAUCUCAUUCGGUGUGAGUAUGAGUGUAGUGACAAUCACACUGUGUAUCUCAUUCGGUGUGAGUAUGAGUGUAGUGACAGUCACACUGUGUAUCUCAUUCGGUGUGAGUAUGAGUGUAGUGAAGUUCAUGCUGUGUUCAUGUCAUAGCCUUCCUGUACAAUGUGUGAUUCUGCACUCCAGUCAAAACAUAAUUUAUGGGAAUUGGUUAAAGAACUCUGUUUCUUUCUUAUUUGUGCUAUUACGCAGGAAACCCAUAUCUUCUGCCGAUCAGACUGAUCUCACCCUUAAAUAGAGUCCAGAUAAAAGGCCAGGCCUUUCUGAUUGAGAUACAGAACCCUCAGACGCUCAUUUCUCUCCAGUGUAUCUGAUACCCUUCUAUGCACCAUGAUCGAGGGUUUCCGGUUUAUAGACUCUGGGCCCAAACAAGCUUUGUUUUAUUCCAUCUCCUUUGUUCCAUAUGUUAGCUUGGUGUGGUGUCUACUUACUAUCCCCUCUGCCGACGAUCGUACUUCGCUCCCAUUGUCUGUUGUUUGACGAGUCACCAGUAUUAUGUCAGAGUAGAAUUCCAUCCUCUGUUUAUUUAGGUGUAUUUGUUUUUCAUAAUUUUUAAUUAGGUUUUAGAAUGUACAUCCUGUUUCAAAAAAAGAAAUGCAAAGCCCAGCGCUCCCUCGGUCUGUGUGAUGUAUUUCCAGAUACACAUCAGCAGUAAGAGUUUUUAAACGAGUUCCCUGGUACUUACCAAGUCACGCAUCACGUUUAUAGUGCAAGUUAAAGAACAGGAGCAGCCAUACAGAUCAUGUUAUUCAGUAGUAGUAACCAUAGUGAUACAAUUAACAAAAGCAGUGGUGGGAUGCAGUUGCUAUGUUAUUUAAAUCAUAACAGUGAUUUUAACAAAGCCUACAUGGAAAAACAAACAAUCAAUAUAUGUAUCUUAGCCGCUAAAUUUAAGCAUUUUGGUUAAUGGGCCCUCUAUCCCCCUCCCACCCCUAUAAAGAUUACCUUAAACCUUUUUCCACCACUGAGACAGAAUCCACAUGGCAGUCCAAUCCUUCUCCUGUGACGUCAUCAACCUUGAUACCUAUUGUCCAGUCAAAUGGGGCAUCCAGUGCAUGCGUCCACCAAUCCAAUACUUUGUAUGAAAAGCAUCGAAACCGGUGCUUAUACACAAUGCCUUGCAUCAGAUUACCUUGCAUGCUGGCUGUCUCAUUAACGUGUGGAUAAAAUUCCAUGAGCAUUUAUGUGUGCCUGCAGGGUUUAGCUCAGGUGAUUCUCUCAGCCAAUGAGCCAAGUAAGAGGUCAAACCAUUCAAAACCGAUUUGACUAUUUACAGUGGUGGUGUAGGGGGAGGGAGCCAGGUACUCAUUGCACCAUAUCCACAAUUGCGAACUGUCGUAGUUAUGGUGCGAUGAGUAGUCUUUGGAAACUAUAGGGCUCCACUCCCUCCCCGAGGUGCAGAACAGGUUAAAAACCCCAUUAUGUGACUUACUGAGUCCAGCGCCAAAGUCCCUUUUAGCAAUGGUCCAGUUGGACUGGUUUGCAAAACAUAUCAAUAAAAAUAAUUUCAAUAAUAAUGUUCCAUUCUCUGUUUUGUGAAUAAACCCAAGGUGGGUAAAGUUUUGACAAAUCAGUGGUGAUGUGUACUCCCCAUUGUUCUAUUUGGUUUUCUCUCUGUGAUGUUUGAUAAAACAAGGAUGUGUACUGAUGCUCAUAGAAGCGUACUGAAUAAUUUGUAAGCAUUGCGUCAACAUGCAAAUACACACGUGUUAUAUUUGGAGGAAGGGUGAGAUUUAUUAAAGUUGUUUUUUUUUUUUUUUUUUUAUUUUAUUUUUGGUCUUUAAUCUGUUUGUAUUUAUUAGAUUGUUCUCAAAAUAUUUUUUUAAAAGCGUCAGUUUUUUACAGAUUGAUUUCCACCAUUUUUUUGCAGAAAUUAUUUUUUUUUUUUUAAGGAAAGACAGGCAAAUUCAACACAGAACCAUCAUGGCUCAGUUUUGGGAGUUUAGCUUAAAGAGAAUGUUUAUAUAAAAUUUGCCCAAUAUUUUGAAUACACUUAAUAAAUCAUGGUUUAAAUAAUAUACAAAAAUUAAGUUGAGUUUCUUAAAAAGAUUUUUAUAACAUUUAUUUUAAAAUAAAAAUGCUACUGAUAUUUGGAUGCCCAGAGAGAAUCUCCCAUUCAUUGUGAUCUGUGAUAUUAUAGCUCCUGUCUUUCAGAUGUUUAUAGGAGAAGUAGAUUGCACACAUCACAGGAUUAGUGGAACGGCUCUAUAAACCAAGAGUGCCCAUAUUGCAGUUGCUACAGAUUUAGAGACCGCUUAGUUUGCUAUUUAGUGAAUUGGGCAGCUGUUUGCAGAACUAUGGCCCGGUUCCCUGUCCGCUCACACUGCCCCCACAAAAUGGACAAAACUGACACACGGAGCUGGCACUGAUGGUUCAAGCUACAGCAUUGUGAGAAUUGUGUUUCCAGAACUUGAGAUCGCUAAUAUGCUGAUUUAUAGAAUAUUUGAUUAAUAUACUGCAGUCGUGUUUUACAGAGGCCGUUUCUCUCUCAAUCUCAUACUCGGCCAUGUAUUUCAUCAUGUGUUGAUGGGGAGCUAAUUACAGUUUGUGAUUCCUUGGUUUCUGGUUCUUCCUGUAUGACGUUUCACCACGCUCUUUCUACUUGUUCCAGCACGUUGAAUAAAGGGACCCACAUUUCCAGACAGAUUGCUGACGGCUCCGAGAUGAAUAGGUGAAUUUAUGAGAGAUGUUAAAUUCCAAGUCUCUAUCUGGUGACCCUUAUGGGAUGUCUUGUAGCGUUUGUCAUUGUAGUUGAGAAUAUGAUUCUGAUAUAUGUAGUCGCUGACCCGUUACUUUAUUUUUUUAGCUCCUCAGGUCCACGUGUAGUGUAUAACGGCAAGCGACCUACAAGCAGCACGCGCUCUCCAAGCAGUAGUGAGAUAUUCACGCCAGCCCACGAGGAAAAUGUGCGCUUUAUAUACGAAGGUUGGACUUUCAUUGUUUUAUUUAAUUCUAGGGGAAGAGUGUACUCCGUGCAUGAUAGAGAGUAUUAUAGGCUCAGUGUGGGAAACUAACACAUAAGGGAGAAUACUUCAUCUGUUUCUGGAGCCCAUGGCCUGAGACCAGGACGACACGGUUACAAACAUGGAUUCCUAGUGGUAUAGUGACCUGUAGCAGGUUAGUAGAUACCUCCCCUGUGCAUGAAAGGUAGAUUUACUUACUUUUUAUUACUCAUCGCACUGCUCUCCAUGGCCGCUUCACAAUUAUAGCUGAGAUAAUCAAUUCUGAUGAGCUCAGCCAAUCCAGUGCUUCCCCAUAGAGAAGCAUUAAGAGUCUAGGUCACAUGUGCUGUGGUGAAGAUUAAUAGCUAUACAGAAAGGGUAGUAGUUACUUGGAAUAGCCUUCCAGUGCACAUUGUACUUGCACAAAGCAGACUUGGGGUGUGCAUAGAGGAGUCCCGAAGAAGAAAUAAGCAAACUUAAUGUUAAGUAAUCCCUCUGCCCUGCACAUGGGGAGAUUGAAAAGCAUGAAGCUAAUCCAUUUCUUUCAUACCUAUCACGGGUGUUGGGGUUCCUUACAUAUUACUAAAUAUCUUUCCAUACAUAUAAUGUGUGUAUACAUUAACCCUUGUUCUCAGUCACCCUCGCUUUCAUUUUGUCUGGCGGUCUAUCUAAACACUUUAAUGUUAUCUUGAUAAAAGUCCUAUAUGGGGCUGAAAUACCGCUCUGUAUGGAAAUUGCACUUGCUUGCUUCUAUGGAAUAAUGCCCAAAAUUGAGAUUUUUUUAUUCCCAACAGCUUGGCAAUGUGUGGAGAGAGAUCUGAGGAACCAGGUUUCUGGUAUGGAUCGAGGGCUGGUGGAGGAAUAUGUAGAGAAAACCCCAAGUAAUGCUCUGAAAUGUAAGUAUUUUAAGCUAAAAUUGGAAGCUGGGUAUCAGGGAACGACCGAGACAAAAUCUCUCAGGAAUAUAUCCUCUUAAAGGAACACUACAGUAAUGGAACACAUAUUUAGUCUGUGGAGUUUAAAGAUGCUAAACUUACCUUUUCUUAUUUGUUGUGCCAGGUGUUGCUAGGCAACAAUGUAAACACUGCUUACUCUGAAAAGGUAGCAUUAACAUUGCUCAGCCUGACACCAGAACUACUACGUUACGCUGUAUUGGUUCUGGUGACUAUACUGUCUCUUUAUUGAAGCAUGUCACCUUCUCAAAUACUGACCUUAAAUGGAGUCUUAACCCUUCUUGGUGUGACUUCUUUAAGCAGCUUCUCAGGGUGUAUGAACAAGCCUGUCAGCGCAGGAUAGAACGUUAUUAAAGGUUACUCCAACACUUUGUAAGACAUCAUUUUUUAUUUAUUUUUUACUUACAAUGUCCUAUUGGACUUUAAUAAGUAGCGCUUCCCCACAAUACUUCACGCUUACCUGGAAUCCUGCACUGGAUGAAGCUCCCAGCAUUUAGGCUGAAACGCUAAUAAAGUGGUCAUGGUGAUUGGAGUAAGCCUGUAAAAGGUACAGGACUUUUUAUAUAACAUAUGGUAUACAAUUCCCUUACAUAACCAAAACAAAUAUUUUGCUAAACCGUAAAUUUUAACCUAUAUUUUACCAUCAAUCUUUCUCCUGCCACUGUCUACUUUCUUUUAUUUUUUUUCUUCUCAUAAAUUAUUUGUCAGUAAUCCACUAAUCCACUUGGGUUUAUUAGGAUAGAGUUAAUGUCUGUCGGCAUAGUUUAUCUAUACCUGCACAUUAACCCAAAGCUCAGAACCAGCAGCGCUAAAUACAUUAAAAACGAAAUAGUUCAGACUUUAUUUUCCAAUACCUGAUGUGAUAGGGAACAUAUGGACAUUAUUCUGAAUUGGAACAAACCCACAUCAAUGUCAAAGUUAGUAUGUUGUUGAUUAGUUACAAAGCGAGGUGGGAAUAGACUCUCCUUAUUUUAUAGUUAUAGUCUUAUUUCAUUGGGGAAUAUUUAACGCAGUGGGCCACAGCUGCUUUGCAUAAUGUGUGCAUUUUGGUCAAAAUCGUUGAACUCUGCUGGCAGCUUCUCAUUAAAUAGGAAUUCUUCCCAUCACUGGCAGCUAAAUAAAACUAGGUUCUGUAGCGUGAUGUUCAGUAAUGUAAAUCUCCGCAUGUUGAUCAGUAUGUGCGCACCAUCUACUGCAUUACGCUAUUGCUUUAUUCUUUUUUUUAAUUUUAAUAAGGGCAGGUUUGUUCAUUCUGUGAGAGUGUCUGUAUGAUAUAAUCUAACGCUAGCUCUUUUUCUCUCUGUAACAGCCUUUAAACCUGUUGAUCUGAACGAUUUGAAGAGGAGAAACACACAAGACCCCAAGAAAUCGUAACCUGACCACGUGACAUUUCAGUUUGGACGCACUUUUAUUUUCCUCCAUUUCGGUUCCUAAUUUCUGACAUAAAGAGGCUGCUCUUGAACUUUACGUUGUGGACUAAGCAGAGUUGUCCUGAAACGGGAUCUUCAACUGCCCCCAUACCUUAUGAGCCUGUCUGACCCACAUCUUUUGCGUCCUAUACCCACAUACUGACAGAUUACUGAACUUUUUAUUUCUUUUUAAUGGGAAGCUGAGUGUGCGGGCAGUAUAUGCAUUCUCACCUUGUGCUGCCACUCUGGAGUUUCAAGUGGAAUCGCUUAAAAUUACAGCUUGACAGGCUAUUAAAUUGUUCAUACUACUGUGUGGACCUGUGCACCUUCCUAAAGGCCCCGAAAGGGUAUAUUUGUACAAAUAACAUCUUUUACGUGUUGGAAGACACUAUUUUAUAUUGUGUGUGUAUUUGUACACUCAUUAAUAAUACAACUAUAUCACCAGUGUCAUAUCAGCCUUGUGAAAGCAGAGGAACACAAGGUAGAGUGGUGACAAGUGUAUCACAGCCCCCUUACCCCAAAGAGGAGUUUACCUGCUUGUGAGUGGAUGUACUUUACAUUUGAUGGUAGACAAGUCACUUAUUGCAGUGACAUAGUCCAUGAAAGGUGAGAAGUACAUUAAGUCAUUACAUAGAAAUCAGUUCACGAACUGUUUAAUAAAAAAGGCUUUGGCAGUCAUCUCCACCAACAUCCCUUAGUACUGCCAUGCCUUCAUAAGCCGCCCCACAUUUGACGUGCUUCUCGUAAGGGAGACCCCACAAUGUAAUGGUAAAUUGGCUGCAUCCCCCGACCUUCAAAUUUGUGGAUUUUAAACCUUGUUCAAAUCAAUCAAUGGAUAAACAUUUGUGCUAUUUUUUUGUCAAACAUUUAGCCCCACAGUCGCGAGUAGGAAAUUAUUUUAAUUAUUUAAAUGUUUAGUUAUGACCCCAUACACAGAUGACUUGUAGGGGAAUUGUCUUUUUUCCAAUGGCGAGAAUCCUGUUUUCCCUGAGCCAUUUUAUCCUACUGAAACAUACGGUAGAGGUAAACAUAUAGCGCUGGCAUCGUCGGAGGUGUAAACACCGCUUUUUUACUUCAUUUAUCUGCAUUACAAAGCGGACACACGUGUUGCUGUGACAUCCUUCCAUUGAUGGCGUGUACACAUCUGCUCCUUGACCGUAUCAUGAGAUACGUUUACUUUGUAUACCAGGCUGUACAUGGGCAGCCUGGCGCACAAUGUAACAUUAAACUAAAAGUAAAGUAGCAAAAAAAUUAAAGCACAAAUCCUGGUUAACUUUUAACUUGUGCAAAUAAAUGAAAGGCUCACAGAUAAACACCAGUGUGCAGGCACAUUUAUAGAUAGCAUAAAGGCUAAAUAGGGUAAAAUGAAAUAGAGAAAAAAAGAUCUAUGCAUUGGGUAGUUGUUUCAUAUGACUGGUGCAGUUUAAUUGGCAAGUGUGUGUUUUUUGUUCCCCUGGUUUUUUUUUUAUCUGUUACUCUGGAAUAUUCACAUUUGUUUUAAGUUAGCGCAGUAAAAUCUGUUGCACCUGGUUUGGGAACGUUUAUUUCUAUGUGAGCAGUAACAUAAUUCGAGAGUCAAUAUAAUCCUUGUACAAUACUUUAUACACCUGCAACAUCACAGCCCAUGGAACCUGCUGACUGCAGUACAAUAGACCAGCAGUCAGGGACCUGGAGCAGAACAGCAAACGGCUUCAGUGAAACCUUAACCUUGUG